GAUGAAAAGUAGAUGUUUGUUGAUGUUUCAUACUAAAAUAUUUUUUAACAAUGGCACAUUUAAGAAGAUUAACCACUCUGUCACUGUCACUGACUCUCAGGAGUAUGUUUCCUGGGGUGUCUUACAUGAUGCCCAGGAAAUGCUCUGUUUCAAUCCGUAGUUACAGUUGUCUUUACAACAAAACUCUUGAAACUGUAAGAAGUAAAGUGUCAAGUCCAUUUUUAGGAAAAGAAUGGCAUAAAUAUAAAAAUGUGUUUGUUUUGAACAGUAGUGUAAGGCUGUUUUGCCUAACAAAUUGUGUGUACAAAAAGAAAAAAGGCUCAAAAGAAAGGAAAAGUCCACCACCAGAAAGUGAAGAAGACAUUGUGGAUGACAGUUUGUUAGAAGAUCCUUAUUUUGAGUCAUUAAGAAGUGACUCCAGGAUUCUUGGAUUUAUUGGAUCUAAUUCAAGAGCUUCAGAGCAUGUUGGAGUAAUGGUUCUUCAGCCAUGGGUGAAGUGGGGCCCCAGCAAGCGAAUUGACACCUCAGGGCAGCUGCUGCUGGAUGAGGCAACAGCCCUUGUUGCCACACUGCCAGGUGUUAAGGUGGUGGCAAAGGAAGUAGUGCCAGUAAAAAGUGUGGCAGGGAAGACCAUUUUUGGCUCAGGGACUCUGGAGCGCCUGAUCUCUCAAGUGCGUUCCUCCAGAAACAUCUCCUGCAUCUUUAUAAGUGUUGACAUGCUGAAGGGAAUCCAAAUCAAUGGCCUGGAGGAAGCCUUUGGGAGGAAGGUGUUGGACCGUUAUGCAGUGGUUCUGGGAAUAUUCCACCACCAUGCUCAGACCAAGGAGGCACGGCUACAGAUUGCCCUGGCUGAGCUGCCAUACUUUAGAAAGAGAAUGUUUGGAGAGAGAGAGCAUCUUAUGAUAAUGGAGCGAGAAAAACGUCUCAAAGCUGCCUUGGACAAGCUUGCUGGAGUUAGAUCACUUAUACGAAAAAAUAGAGUGAAAAAUAACAUUCCCACCGUGGCUGUCGUUGGCUAUACUAACUCAGGGAAGACUACUCUCAUCCGUGCCAUUACCAAGGAUGUGCGAGUUGAAGGAAAGGACCAGCUCUUCGCAACCCUUGAUGUCACAGCCCACAGUGGUCCAUUGCCAUGUGGCCUGAAAGUACUGUUCAUUGAUACUGUUGGCUUCAUUCAGAAUAUUCCCACGGACCUUGUGGCAUCUUUCAAGGCAACGCUCGAAGAUGCCAUAUACUCGGAUGUGGUGGUUCAUGUGAAGGAUGCCAGCCACCCAGAAUAUGAACUUCAGGGAAACACUGUCUCUUUGACACUUGCCUCCCUACCACUCCCAAAGGAGACACCCAUCAUAAAUGUGGCCAACAAAAUGGAUCUUGAAGUAACAGUACCAAAAGACAAGCUUGAAGGGGCACACCAAGUCUCAGCAAUCUUGGGGCAAGGCAUUGAGGAUCUGCUGUAUGAUGUGGAGAGGGAGGUGCUGAGAACCACUGGACGGAAGGUCUGGAAGUUUUCUCUCCCCACCGGCUCCCGUGAGAUCCAGUGGCUGAGGAGUGUCACUGGCAUAGCUCAGGAGGAGAUGGAUGAGAACAACCCACAAGUCACACAGGUCCUGGCUGUGAUGACAGAUCAAGAACUCGCCAUCUUUGAGCGCAACUUCCGGAAGUGACGAAUGUCUCAGCAUAGAUUGACCAACCAGUCUUUCCAUCUGUCACCAUAAUUUUUGAGGACAGUGGAUUAAUAUCUCAUUAGCACAGCCACGUGCAUACUUCUUUAUGACAUGAAUUUGAGAUACAGAAACUUAUCAAUUCUGAAUUGUAGCUACACCCACAUGUGGACAGUUAAUGCCCUAUCAUGCCAUUUUAAAGCCUUGAUAUAUCAAAACGUUAAAAUUAAGUAGGUCAUUAAUUUCUGUUGCACCUAAAUUGUUGGUCUUUAUCUGAGUUCAUAAAUAGUUUAUUAAUAGUUGUUUCUAUUACCCAAGAACACAAUUAAACAUACUGAAGUUUGAAGUUCAUCAACAUGUAACAUUCAUCCAGUAAGUUUGUCAAAAUGGCAAGUUUUCUUGCUACAGUGCAUUGUCUAUAUAUUUUUUUUUUUUUUACAAAUAGCAGGAAAAUUUUCAUUGUUAUGACUGCUUGUGCUGUAAAUAUUAAAACAGAAUAAUAAUAUUGUUUGUUAUCAGCAUGGGGAGUGGAAGUAGCAUAAUCAGCAGCAGGGGCUGCUUUUGCACAUAUGUAAUAUACCUUUUUUGUGAUUUGCCAUACGUUGUUAAUAAAAGGGAAUGCGUC